AUGGCCCCGUACGGCGCCGCUCAGCCGGCAUCCGGGGCCUCCGAAUCCAGUCCUGCUGGUUCGACUAUCACGGCCGGCCAGCAGCAGACCCCCGCGCAGUCGGCUGCGAACCAGAACCAGAGUGGCCAGCAUAAACGCGUUUACCAGGCCUGCAUCCCCUGCCGCAGACGCAAAGUGCGUUGCGACCUCGGCAGUGUCGACAACCCGCAUGACCCGCCCUGCGUGCGCUGUCGCCGUGAGAGCAAAGAAUGUUUCUUCAGCGCAACGCGUCGCAAGCGCAAGACCGAGGACGAUGGUAGUGAUGCCGAUGAGUACAUCAUCAGGAACGGUCGCAAGCGCCUUCACGUCAGCGGGAGCCCCCCUCCAUUUGUCGAACGCCGCGCUUACAGCACCAUGCCGCUGACUCCCGGCGGCUCCCAUGGGCGUAACCAGCCCCUGCGCCGACCGGACGGCUCUAGGGGUGGCCGCACCAGGAGGAGUAGCGAGUUUGGAGGGGACGGCGACGCGAACCAGACGCUCGAGAAUUUUGAGGCCCAGACUGUGAUGCGGCGGGGUGUGUUUGGCCCGCAGGAUGCCCUUGACCUGCUCUAUAAGGCGGCUACAGACAGUCCCGCGAUGGAACAUGAACGCAGAGAGAGCUCUUCAUCAGCUCGUCCCCCUCCCCCUCAGCCUCCUCAUGAUCCAUACAACUACCCCAGCAAUCCCAGGCAGACAUCGAGGCCUCCUCAGAUGGAGCAGCCCAUCGACCCUGAGCUGUCACGGCCUGAGUUAAGCUCACAGCCCGGGUACGUCGAGGCCAUUAAGGCAUGGCAGCGCUUCCGCUUCGUCCGUGCCGGCUGGUUCACGGCGCUUGAGGCCAUCGAGUACAUCGACUACUACUACAAAUACCUUUCCCCUCUGACACCCAUCUCACCACCGACCUUCAGCAAUCCCGCCUCUCAUGUCACCUUACUCUAUGAAGAACCUAUCCUCACAGUCACCCUCCUCACGAUCGCAUCGCGAUACCGGAAAAUGCCGGGUACUGGCGGACACUGUCGAUCACACGCCAUCCACGAACAGCUAUGGAUGUACCUGCGCGGCAUGAUCGAGCGGUGUCUAUGGGGCCAAGAGGCAUUCGGAGGCGGAUUCUGCGUCCCACCCAGUGCCAGCGCCAUCUUUGACGAGAGUCAGACCAGUAGUACAGCGCCUUGGCGUGGAUUGCGCAAGGGCAGUCUGCGGACAUUAGGAACAAUCGAGUCAUUGAUGAUCCUGACAGAGUGGCAUCCACGGGCGCUACACUUCCCACCCACCGAAGCCACUGACGAGUUGGUUUUGCCCAUGGAGAGCGGCUAUCAGCCCAUCACGGCCGCCGAUGAAGACCCGAGUAAGACCUUAGGCCAUGGCUUUGGUGGCAAGAGGAUUGAGAGCUGGCUCGAGCCUGCGUGGAGAAGUGAUCGAAUGUGCUGGAUGCUGCUCAGUACCGCCAACGGACUUGCAUACGAACUGGGUGUCUUUGAUGAUAUUGACGAGCUGCUCAAGGACGACGCCAUCACGCGCCCUGAGUACAAGGAGGAAACAUAUCGACAGCGAGCUUUCCGAAUCAAGCGGCUACUACUCAUCUACACGACACAGUUGGCUGGACGCCUCGGCUGGACCAACAUGGCACCGUCUCAACUCCGAACAAAGGACCCUGCCAUCCGCCGACAACGGCCAAUGUCACAUGAAGGUACCACGCCAGGAACGAACCCUUCGUCUCUGUCCAAUGCCUUCAACUACGUUCCAGACCUGGACCUCGACGACCAGAUCAUCCACUGCUGGGCGGGAAUUAGCCAUCUUAUGGAGAUGGGCAACGAGAGGAUCUUCCGUUCCCGGAAGCACACGACGACGAUCAUUCAAAAUGGCAAGUACGUCGACAUCCUCAAGGAUUUUGCGCCCCUGCUGCGUGACUGGUGGAGGGAGUUUGAGCUGUUCACGCUGCCCGAGUUCAUACGCCAUAUCUUGACCAUCGAGUACGAGUAUGUUCGCAUCUAUAUCAACUCGCUCUCGCUGCAAGCUGUCGUCGAGCGCUGUACAAACCAAGCCGGAGUGACCGCGAACUCGAACCACCACGCUGCACAAAACGGACACCCACAACUGUCGCCUCAGACCAUGAUUAACUAUGGGAAGCUGCCGCUGGGACAGCUUGGUGGUUUCACUUCGCAUGACCAGGAAUACAUCCGUGAGGUGGUUGAGGGAAGUCGAAACCUCCUCCGCACCGUUGUCGAGGGCCUGCUACCGGGAGACUAUCUCAAGCACGCCCCUGUUCGAACAUACUUCCGUAUCAUUAGUGGUGCUAUGUUCCUGCUCAAGACCUUUGCGCUCGGUGCCCCGCGAUCGGACGUCCGAAUGAGCAUCGAACUGAUGGAUUCAACCGUUGAGGCGCUCCGCAACUGCGUCGUGGAUGAUGUGCAUUUGGGUAUCCGGUUCGCGGACCUGCUCGACUCUUUGACGAGCCGUCUUCGAAACCGCUUCAUCCAGGCGCCCACGAUGCAGCAGGCUUCGGGCAAGGGUCAGAGUCCUGUCCCUGAGACAGGACCAGAUGGUGAAGGCGAGGGUAUUGGCAUGAAUGGCGACGACGGUGCAAACUGGGUCGGAGGUCACGCCCAAAGACUCCGAGAUGGGCUUAACGGAAACCACCGACCUCACUCACCUACGCAUGAAGCCAACAACAUCUCGGCCACACCGUUUGAUCUCUCGACGCAGAACUUUCCCUAUCCCGGUAAUGCCUCUCUCGGCCCAUCAACUCCCAACGUCGUGGAGAGCGCCGUGGCCAACAUGGAUGUCAGCCUCUUCGAGGACUGGAACAACCAGGGCAACGAGAUGUGGUAUCUCCCCCCCGGACCGGCUUUCUUCCAGAACGUCGAGAACACGUCGGUCGCUAUGGGCCCCGAGGGCGUCAACGUAGGAGGACUCGACCUGCUCGAGUACAUGGCCAUGGACCCUUCCCAGUUCCCGGGUCUGGAUCCAUCUGGUCCACCGACGAGCAACCCCUAG